GAAAGCUAGAAAAGAGUCACUCCUCCAUUAAAGAUUCUUCCUUUCCCACUUCACCUUUAUCCAUCUGCUAACCCUUCUUCUUACUCUUCCAUCCCUCUUAUCUUUCUUAUGCUUAUUGGGAUUCUUGAUUCCACCCAAAAACAUCCAUCUUCAUCUGUUUGCACCUUCUCUUCUUCUUCAAUUACUUCACAUAUCAAUCAAUACAAGCAUAUCGUUUCCACAGGUUAUAUACGUAUCUUCCUUUUGUCAAUCGAUGCUGAGCUAAGCCUGUUAUAAAUUUCUUCAAGAAUCAUAUAUUUGGUUAGAGAAAAUGUCCGGUGGAGAUGUCAGAAAUGUAUCUCCAGGAGAAAUACAGAUGGUUCAAAAUCUCAUAGAGCAAUGUCUGCCAUAUUACAUGACUCAGAAGCAGGUCAUAGAUAUUCUCUAUGAGCAAGAGAAAGUCGAACCUAGCUUUACAGAGCUUGUUUGGCAGAAGCUUGAGGAACAAAAUCAAGAAUUCUUUAAGGGAUACCAUCUGAGGUUGAUGGUGAAAGAGCAAAUAGUGGAAUUUAAUAAGCUGCUUGAUAGACAAGCUGCACUGAUGCAUCAAUUGGGCCCAACUGGAGUCGGUUUCCAACCGAAGUCUAAUGGAUCUCAUAUGCCAGCAAUACAUCAGAACUCAGCAUGUUAUGCACCCGAAAAUAGUGGAAUUGCACUGAAGACAGAAAACAUGCAGCACCCUGUUACAGCCAAUUUCUCAAGAGGGUUCAACACUUGUGGACUGCCAAUACCCUCUGGGGAUAUGUCUGCUCAUUCCCGAAGAAUUGAUGUUCCACCAAAUAUGUUGUUGGCCCAGAACUCACAUGUUGGAAUGACACGAGGAACAAAUGGUGUUUCAGUGAAAACCGAAGCCAACUAUCUAGGGAAUUCAAGGUUUAUCUAUGGAGCAGAUGGCAACGUCCUGGAAACACGUCCCACAAUUGGUGAUCCAUCUGUUUCAUCUUUCAGUUGCUUGGAAUCUGACCCACAUCAGUUGAAUGGAACGCUCCUGAAUGACAGUUCUUUGUUCGGUCUUUUGGGUCCCAUGUCCCAAAACUUUGGACUGUCGGACUCAACCGCUGACUUCACCAAUAGUUCUGACAUGCUAGAAAGCUUCUCAAGGUCUGCCUUUCUAUCAUCCGAUAGAGACAAUUUCUUGGACUCUCAUAGUAGUACAGUAGAGCACCAAGGAGAAAAUAAGAGGUUGGACAUACCAGAAAACUUAGGUUUUGAAGAUUUUGGCAGCGACUCAUAGAACAACCGAUGGUGAAACUACUGUUGUAGGACAUAAGUCUUUGUAAAUAGCUUAUCAGAAUGGGAGGCAGGCUUUAAAGUGUUGUAGAUUGGUGUGUGCAAUGCAGAGGUAAUAAUUAGUUUUAGGAUGGGUGUUUACGAUGAUAGGCAUUAGGAAUGUGUUUGGGGGUUAAAAUAUAAAAUGAUUUCGAUAAAAAGUUACUGCAUUAAGAUGGAAUGCUGAUGAAUAUGAUCACUAAACCCCCGUGUUGGCUCGUCCUAGAAACAUGACAAAUUAUCAUUUUGGUCGAUGUGAAUUACAUUUGUAGAAGGUUUCUGUAUCUUGGUAUUUGUUUUCGGUUGUCUUUGAAUCUUCCGUUUGGGGCUUGAAGCAGUUUAGAUUUAGAACUUGUUAUGACAUAAAACUAGAUGUGGGUUUGGGAAAAAA